UCGAUUAACCGAGAAAAAACCAUCCGCCGGCGCCCGGAGGGCAGAUUUCUCCUCCUCCCCCGCCCCGCCCGCGCGACGCGAAUCCGCGGCGAGAUUCCUCCCCGGAUUCCUCCUCGCCUGCCCCGUCGCCGCCCCGCGGGAGGCCACCCGCCCAGGCUCCGGCGCGCGCCCCCCGCCCGGGCUCGCCGGGGGGGCCGGGAUGCCCUGCUGCCCGCCGCCGCUGCUCGGAGUCGGGCCGCGGCUGCGCUCCUUCCUCCGCGACUACGACGCGCUCCAGUCCCUCGCCCUCGCGCUCAUCUACCUCCAGAUUGGCUGUGCACUGAUCGGAUCACUUGGGGCAUUGUUCAAUGGGGUUCUUGUCAUCAACCUGGUGAUUGGUCUAUUUGCUGUUGUUGCAAUCGAGAGCAGUAGCCAGAGACUUGGCCGGACAUAUGCUGUCCUUCUCUUCUUCGCUGUCGUCCUUGAUGUUGCUUGGUUUAUACUCUUCUCACAUGCUAUCUGGACUAUUACUCCUGAUGAGAAGUAUGGCCAGCUUUUUGUUUUCUCAUUGAGACUAGCAUUGUGGAUGCAAAUCAUUGGGUUUUCAGUCAGGUUUUUGUCUUCGUUCAUAUGGAUCCAGAUGUAUAGGUUAGGGGCCUCGUCCAGCUCGCCAACAUAUUUUGACGCAAAUCAUGAAGUAAGAAAUAGUUUCUUAAGCCCUAGAUCUGAUUCAGUUAGACGGAGUUCCAUGGCAGACGAUAUACUAGGAGGUUCAAUUUAUGAUCCUUCUUACUACUCAUCACUCUUUGAGGAUUUCCGGAACAACCCGUGCAAUCAUCAGGGUGAUAAACAAAGUGGUUGUAAUGACAGUGGUUCAACAUCUGCGGGCCAAUCUCCGCGACUAAAAUCUUUUGCUUGUAGAUCUCUUCUGGCUAAUGAUGUGGAAAGUGGACUAAGAAGACCCCUGAACUCCUAGAGCUCACGUUGAAGGUGGAGCUUAUUUUGCGAAUCUAAGUCAUGUAGCUAUCGUUCUUUUUGAAGCAUAGAGAUUUGUACAGCACAAGUUCAUUUCUCAGACCAGGUGGUGUUCCAAUGAAAAGUGAUCGGCAAAUACUUUAACAGUGACACACCUGUAUUUCUGGGUAUCCAAAAGUCUUGGUGCUAUUGUGGAGCGCCAUUUCUGUUUGGCAUACUUGAGCCGGAUGGUUUGGGAAAGAGCAGUUGCGUGUUGAUAUUGCACAUCGGUUUAUGCCAUGUGACUUGUUUUACUGCCCAAUAUGGUCCAUUUUUGAGACCUCUGUCCUGGUGUUUCUCUGAACUAUCAAGGAAAAUGAAGCUGGUAGUUCUUUAGACACUUUGGUUCUAUUCUAGCUGUAGGCUGGCAGUUACUUCUGCCCUAGUAUUUUGGUUGUUCAUAGUGUUAUGUUGACAAGUUGCACAUCUGUGGAUCAGUAAAGGAAAAGAAAUGUAAAUUUGAUUUGGUUAUUCAAAGAAUUCUGUUCCGGGACCCAUUUAAAUUC